UGACGUGUGGGAGGGUACAACACAGUCGAAGUUUAUUAAUUUAAAAAAGAAAAGAAAAUUAAAGAGAGAGAGAGAGAGAGAGAGAGAGAGAGAGAGAGAGAGAGAGAGACGGAGAGAGAAGUGGCACUUUACCACUUUUAUAUGUUUUCUUUGUUGCACGCAUCCAAAGAGCUGAAAACAGAGGGAAGACAAAAUACUCCAAACACAAAAAACACAAACACACAGAAAGAGAAGGAGAAGAGAAACCAACAACAAACAAACCUAUAACACCAAAAAAGAAGAAGAAGAAGAAAAAGAAGACGAUUCAGUCUAAUUGGGUCUCUUGCAUAUAUAACUGUUUAUGAAUAGGCUGCAGAAGUAGAAAGUUAGUGGGUGUUGUCUCUUUCUUCUUCUCCUGUAUUAAAGUUUUAAUAAGUAAGCAAAUUUGUAUUUGUGAUUGUGAGGGGGUGUGGGUGAUCCCUUUUGUUGAAAACUGGAAUUUUUAGGAGUGGUGGGUUAUAAUAGGCUAUUAUUUGAUUUGGUUGCUUUAGAUGAAGGCCAUGCUCCUACCCUUUGAGGUGUUUCAAGGGAAGAGGCAUUUAGAUUUCUUCACUACUGCUGUUACUACUACUUCGACUACUGCUGCUUCAGAUUCACCACCACCACCACCACAGCAAACGACACCAAAGUGGAACACUCUAAUCACCAAACAGAAUUGCUAUGUGGGCAGCACUGAGCCCACCUCUGUUCUCGACCCUACAACUAGCUCAAGUCCUACCAGAUCCACCUCAACACUGUCUUCCUCGCUCGCCAGCACCAGCGACGGCGGCGCCGCAACCGGCUCCACAGACACCGGCGGCGGCGUGGCGCCAGCAGCCCCCGAGACCCCAUCGGCAGCAGCAUUAGCGGAGGGAAAAUGUGGGCUUGGAAUGGAGGACUGGGAGAGCGUGUUAGCUGAGUCACCGGGUCAUGACCAGUCCAUUUUGAGGUUGAUGAUGGCGGAUGUUGAUGACCCAUCUCUGGGAUUGAACAGGCUUUUGCAGAGCGGGAGUGUCUCCUCAUCCCAAGAAAUGGAAUUCAAUGGAGGAGGUUUCCAAGUGGUGGAUCAAGGGUAUGAGAAUUUGAUGAGCAGCAUUAUUGACCCUCCUUCUCUACAAGGAACAACUUGUUCUGAUUUCCCUUUUAAUAGCUCAUCCAAUUCACAAAACAACAAUUCUUUGAGUCCCAUGUUUUCGACUUCAGCUAACAAUUUAAUGCCAGCUUCGCUUUCUCCUUUAGUAUUUCAUCAACAACAGCAUCAGCAGCAGCAGUUGGUCCACUCUGUGGAUGCCAAUCCUCAAAUGGUGAUAAACCAGAACCAAGCUCAUUUGGUAAUGCCUUUAACAUAUGCUCAAUUGCAAGAGCACCACGUUAUGUCUCAACCCCCGGCGAAGAGGCUGAAUACUGGUGGGGUUAGGUCUAAUUAUCAGCUCCAAAAGGUUCAGUUUCCGAAUUCAGGGCAAGAGCUCUUUGUUCGUGGACAGGAACAGCAGCUUCAAUUGUUCCAUCAGCAGAGGCCAACCAUGGCUGUGUCAAAGCAGAAAAUGUUGAGCCCAGGAGCAGGAGCGGGAGACGAAAUGGCGAACCACCAGCUUCAGCAGGCUUUGAUUGACCAACUUUCAAAGGCUGCUGAGCUUAUAGAAACCGGAAAUCCGGUACUCGCGCAAGGGAUAUUGGCGCGGCUCAAUCACCAUGUCUCUCCUCUUGGUAAGCCUUUCCAACGGGCUGCUUUCUAUUUCAAGGAGGCCUUACAGUUGCUCCUUCACAACUCAUUGGCUUUGCCACCCUUCAAUCUCGUUUUCAAGAUUGGAGCUUACAAAACUUUUUCUGAAGUCUCACCGGUUCUUCAGUUUGCCAAUUUCACUUGUAACCAGGCCAUUUUAGAAGCCUUGGAAGGCUUUAGUAGAAUUCAUGUUAUUGAUUUUGAUAUUGGAUAUGGUGGGCAAUGGGCCUCUUUUAUGCAAGAGCUGGCCUUAAGGAAUGCUAGUGCUGCAGGUGUUUCUCUUAAGAUAACUGCUUUUGUCUCCCCAUCCACACAUGAAGAAUUCGAGCUUGGUUUUACUCACGAAAACUUGAAACAUUUUGCUGCUGAUAUCAACUUGGCCUUUGAGCUCGAAAUUGUAAGCCUGGAAACGUUCAACUCUGGUUCUUGGCCAGUGCCUCUUCACGUCUCAGAGGAUGAGGCAAUUGCGGUAAAUCUCCCAAUUACCUCUCUUUCCAGCUGCCCUUUAUCCCUUCCUUUGGUCCUCCGCUUUCUGAACCAGCUCUCCCCAAAAGUUGUGGUCUCAUUAGAAAGAGGGUCUGAUCGAACAGAUGUUCCAUUCCCACACCAAAUCAUUCACGCUUUUCACUCUUAUUCAGGCCUUAUUGAAUCACUUGAUGCAGUUAAUGUCAACCUAGAGGCCCUGCAAAAGAUUGAGAAGUUCCUACUUCAACCAAGAAUCGAGAAACUCGUGCUGAAUCGCCACCGUUCUCCUGAAACAACACCUCCAUGGAGAUCUUCAUUUUUGAAUUCCGGGUUUUCCCCAGCUGUAUUCAGUAACUUCACUGAAUCCCAAGCUGAGUGUUUGGUGCAGCGGACUCCGGUUAGGGGCUUCCAUGUUGAGAAGAAACAGUCUUCACUUUCCCUUUGCUGGCAGCGAAAGGAGCUUAUCUCUGUCUCAGCAUGGAGGUGUUGAUUGUCAAAAUAACAGCAAACAAAAAAAAAGCCUGCAUUUUGAAAAUUUGCCUCAGCUUUGGAGGUUCUGCAUAACUUAUUUGCAUUAGUUAUCUCAUCUUUUUGAAAAAAUUAUAUUUUGCUUCUACUCCUAUGCUAAUUGUUAUGUGCUGUAGGCUUAUUAUUUUCAAUCAAAGUCCAAACAGUCAAGUAACUUGAAGGCUUGUAUGGUUCUUGGAUUUCCGUUACUGUUUCCUACUUCGGAUUUGGGUAUUAUAUUUGUUUUGUUGCUCUCUUGAUCAACUGGUAACUGUUGUACAUUUGACAACAAAAUCAAAUCAUAACCAAGAAAAUUGUAUCUAUGUUUCCCUUUGCAAAGAACACUUCUUUUUUUACUUUGUAUCAUAUUUUUUCUACUUUAUUAUGUUCUAUUAUGAGAAAAUAAAAGAAGGGUAUAGGGGGAAUAGUUUGAAAA